UUAUAUAAUUAAUCUUUAUUGCGUCUUCAAAACAUUCGUAUUAAAAAUUGUACAAAUAAUAUUUGCUGUAUUCCUAAGCGCAGUGUGAAUUGAGUGAAUAGCUCCGCACAGGUGCAUGCCAUUGACAUACAUAAAUCACCUGCAAGCUGCGAAGGCUGCAACUGUUUGAAAAUGGCAAGUUUAGAAGUUCCUGAUCAUUGUUUUACGCCGAUAACAAUCACAGCAAGUGCUGAAACCACUACCGAGUGAUUCUGUUCUGCUAGUAGAUGUCUGAAAUGAAUCGGCAACUGGAAAUGGAAACGGUCUUGGACCGUACCACCAGGGAAGACGAUCAUAACAUAGAUUGGCAACUGCCUUUAUCUUUCGUUAAGAAGCGGCAUACUGAAGAAAUUGUAGGCGUGGACGCAAUAACACAAACUUGGAGAAUGAAGGAACGGAUGAAGACGGUGAGCGUGGCGCUGGUGCUGUGCCUGAACGUUGGGGUCGACCCGCCGGACAUCGUCAAGACACAGCCGUGCGCGCGGCUCGAGUGCUGGCUAGACCCGCUGUCCAUGAGCCCGCAGAAGGCCCUGGAGCAGAUCGGCGAGGUGCUGCAGAAGCAGUAUGAGCGCUGGCAGCCGCGCGCACGCUACAAGCUCAACCUGGACCCCACCGUGGAGGACGUGAAGAAGCUGUGCACGUCCCUGCGCCGCAACGCCAAGGACGAGCGCGUGCUGUUCCACUACAACGGCCACGGCGUGCCGCGCCCCACCUCCAACGGCGAGCUCUGGGUCUUCAACAAGACCUACACCCAGUACAUCCCGCUGUCGGUGUACGACCUGCAGACGUGGAUGGGCGUGCCCUCCAUCUACGUGUACGACUGCUCGAACGCCGGCAUCAUCGUGGACUCGUUCAAGCAGUUUGCCGAGCAGCACGAGCGAGAGUACGAGCAAAUGGCCGCGCAGAACAAGGGCCAGGCGGUGACCUCGUCGUCGCCGCCGCCGUCCUUCAGGAACUGCAUCCAGCUGGCGGCGUGCGCGGCCAACCAGAUCCUGCCCAUGAACCCGGGCCUGCCGGCCGACGUCUUCACCUCCUGCCUCACCACGCCCAUCAAGAUCGCGCUCCGAUGGUUCGUCAUGCAGAACACCUCCAAGCUCGUGCCGAAGGUGUCCAUGGAUCUCAUCGACAAGAUCCCCGGGCAGCUGAACGACCGGCGCACCAUGCUGGGGGAGCUCAACUGGAUCUUCACCGCCAUCACGGACACUGUGGCGUGGAACACGCUGCCCCGGGACGUGUUCCAGAAGCUGUUCCGACAGGACCUGCUGGUGGCCAGCCUGUUCCGCAACUUCCUGUUGGCCGAGAGGAUCAUGCGCUCCUGCGGCUGCACGCCCGUGUCGUCGCCCAAGCUGCCCCCCACCUACCAGCACCCCAUGUGGCAGGCCUGGGACCUGGCGCUGGACCUGUGCCUGGCGCAGCUGCCGGCCAUCCUGCAGUCGGAGGAGCCGUUCGUGCACUCGCCCUUCUUCGAGGAGCAGCUGACGGCCUUCCAGGUGUGGCUGGAGCUGGGGUCGGACCGGCGCAGCCCCCCGGAGCAGCUGCCCAUCGUGCUGCAGGUGCUGCUCAGCCAGGUGCACCGGCUCAGGGCCCUGGAGCUGCUCGGGCGCUUCCUGGACCUGGGGCCGUGGGCGGUGAACCUGGCCCUGUCGGUGGGCAUCUUCCCCUACGUGCUGAAGCUGCUGCAGAGCUCGGCGCGGGAGCUGCGGCCGCUGCUGGUCUUCAUCUGGGCCAAGAUCCUGGCCGUCGACAGCACGUGCCAGGCGGACCUGGUGAGGGACAACGGCCACAAGUACUUCCUGUCCAUGCUGCAGGACCCUUCCGUCCAGGGGGAGCACCGCACGCUGGCGGCCUUCGUGCUGGCGUGCAUCGUGCACGGCUACCCCGCCGGCCAGGAGGCGGCGCUGCAAGGCAGCCUGGUGUCCGUGUGCCUGGAGCAGCUGGGCGACCCCGACCCGCUGCUCCGGCGCUGGCUGGCCGUGUGCCUGGGCCGCCUGUGGGCGGACUACGACAAGGCGCGCUGGUGCGGCGUGCGCGACUCCGCGCACGAGAAGCUCUACACGCUGCUGCAGGACCCCGAGCCCGAGGUGAGGGCGGCCGCGGUGUACGCCCUGGGCACGUUCAUCAACUCUGCGUCGGAGCGCAGCGACCACGCCAACAACAUCGACCACAGCAUCGCCAUGACGCUCAUCAACACCGUCACUUACGACAUGAGCCCGCUGGUCAGGAAGGAGCUGGUGGCAGCCCUGCAGUGGGUGGUGCUGAUAUUCGAGAACGCGUUCCUGAAGGUGGCGCUCCAGGAGGAGGGCAGCCGCCCCACCGUCGUCACCGUCGGAGACGUGACCAUGUCGCCGCUGAUGGGCCUGCGUCGGAACGCCUCGCGGGACAAGCUGAAGAUGCUGUCCCCGGGAGGGCUGUUCGGGGCGGAGGCCCCCGGCCCCGCAGACGGCUUCCACUCGCUGGGGCACAUGAAGAGGGUGUCGUCCUCUUCGUCCAUCAGCAGCCUGGGCCACAGCGCGCUGAGCAGCCUGCCGAGCGUGUCCUACGGCAGCAUCUACAUGAAGCUGUGGCACGGACUGACCGCGCUGGACGCCGACCCCUUCCCGGAGGUGGUCCAGAUGUCUCGCUGCGUCACCAACCACAUCCGGGACCAGCUGUGGAUGUUUGUGCAGGUGAAGGAGUCCUCCGCGCCCAAGGAGCUGAGCGAGGCGAAGCUGUCCUCGUCCCUGUCCCUGCCGCCGUCGCCGUCCGGCCGGUCGUCGUACCUCGCGGACGGGUCGCCUCCCACCACCUGCUCGACCUCUGACCUGCACCGGCUGACCUCGCCGCGCUCCGGGCACCUGCCCUUGCGCAGCCGCAAGGUGGUUCCCAACACCAUAUCGGAGGAGGCGGACGACGCCGGCGGGCCGAGGCAGCCGCUGGUCAGGACGCAGUUCGUGGAGUGGAGCAGCAAGUACUUCGCGCAGCCCGUCACGAGGUCCCUGGAGGACUCCGACGUGGAGGGCAGCCUGCACUACGAGCGCGAGUGGAGGUACCAGCGCAACAGCGUGCUGCGCGCGGAGGCGAGGGAGGAGCAGGCGCGCGUCGCGACGAGCCGUCUCGAGCACCAGGUGUUCAGCACGCGCGUCGCCCAGUCCCCGGCCGUCGUCUGCUUCCACCCGUACGAGACCCACCUCGCCGUCGCCAGCCGGGACUCCUACGGCAUGUGGGACUGGGCGUCGGGCGCGCAGCUCGGCCAGUGGAGCAACCACGGGGCGCGCGGCUCGCGCAUCACCUCGGUGCAGUUCGUGAACGGCCACGACGCGGCGCUGCUGCUGGUGGGGUCGGACGACGGGGCGGUGCGGCUGUGGGGCGGCGGCCGGGACCCGGGGCUCGUGGCCGCCUGGCACGCGCUGGCCGACGCCCCGCCCGUCUCCAGGUCCGCCCACGCCAACCGCGCGGGGCUGGUGACGUGCUGGGAGCAGCGCGCCCAGAAGCUGGCCGUGACGGGCGACGUUCGCGUCAUCCGGCUGUGGGACGCCGAGACGGAGCUCAAGUUGGCGGACCUGCCUUCGGACGCCGACUGCUGCGUCCCGAGCCUGCACACGCGCAUCUCCGAGUCGUCGCUGAUGCUGGCCGGCUGCGAGGACGGCUCGGUGCGCCUGUUCGACGUGCGUCUCCCGCCCCACGAGGCGCGCGUCAUGACGUGGCGCGAGCACGGCGCCUGGGUGGUGGCCGUGCACCUGGACGCCGGCACGGCCAUCAGCGGCUGUGUCGCAGGCGACGUGCGGAUGUACGACCUGCGCCGCAACUGCUCUGUCUCGAUGUGCCGCACAUCCCAGGGCAUGACCGCCAUGGCUGUGCACGAUGCUGCCAACGUGUUCGCCUGCAGCGCCGUGAGCCAGCACAUCGGGGUGUACUCGGCGGGGGGCGCGCCCCUGGGCACCAUCAGGUACCACGAGGGCUUCAUGGGGUCCCGCAUCGGCGCCGUGAGCUGCCUGGCGUUCCACCCGCACCGCGUCUGCCUGGCCGCGGGCAGCGACAGCUCCCUCAGCGUGUACGCCGCCGACCCCAGGAGAUGACACUCCUCGGGCCACUAGCUGCGCGGCCUGCCGGCGUUCGCGCUCGCCUAGCCCCCCGCACUUUCGCUCCGCCCGCGCGGCGCCGUAGGCGCAGGCGUCUCCCGCGUGCUUCCUUCUCCGCGUGAGCGGAGCGCCGGUUCACCGCCGUCGUUUUCGUCUGACUUGAUGUCCCGUCGACAGCGAUGUCAUUAAAAGUUGAUCCGUCCGUCCGUCCAUCAGCGAGCCGAGCGAUUCGCAAUUAUCCGCACGGCUGCCAAAUCCUGUACCACUUUGAUGCUGGCAACUAACUGACCAGAAGGCUUAAACAGUGGUGAAAAUUUCUCUUGCACAGGUAGACUAGAUUGACAGUCAUGAAUGUCAGACAUUUAUGAAUCAUUUAUUUUAUUCGUAAUUAAUUACAAUUCUAUGUCUCGGUCGAUUGUUAUACUAUACAAAUUUCAAGAUUUGUUUAAAUGUUAUUUAAAAACAUUUCAUGGAAGCAGCUAAACAAAUAGACGAACUUCAAAAGCUUUCAAAGAUGGUAAAAGUAGUCGGCGAUAAGUAGGUGUCUUGCUAACAUUUUAUGAGGUUUGUAAAUUUGUCAGUCUAUCGAAUGUUUGAGCUUGUUAAGAUUUUGAUUUGGUGGACGAAUGGUAAUUUUUUUAGGCCUUCUGAUGCGCUUGAGACCACGGGAUGGACGGACGGAUGGGAAACGGACCAUCGCCCACAACACAGAACAGAGACAUAUCGGGGGAGGUAUCUGACCCAUUCCAGAAGAUGGAUGUCUAGAGCGGUUUUGCAGAACCGUGGGAGUAAAAAAAAAAUCUGAUUGGACGGACGGUGAUUCGUGCCUAGGUCCUUAGAGGGAAAACCGAGUCCAGUUCCUCACCACCGCACACGUGCGUUCGUGUCGUAUCGGCCGGAACAGCUUCUGCAGAAGUGAUUGGCACUGGUAGACUACGGCCCUCUGGAAACCUAAAUUGGAUUGCGGUUAUGCACUAUUUACAACAGAAUAAGCUCUGAAUGGUUGCUGAGGAUUAAAAUUCUUAAAUAAAUUAUUCAUAGUUCAGUAAAAGUUGAUACAUUUUGCCAUCUUAAUGAGUUUUUUUUUUUGUGGUCCAUCAACAGUUGUAUUUUUCUUCGUAAAAGGAAUAGCCAAUUAAAAAAAAAAAAGUUUAAUUAAAAGAGAAAUGACUGCCAAAUCAAUACGUGGGGAAAAGAAGGACGAUUUCAGUGGGCUGUGUACCACGUAUUUGGGCUUGAAUCUUGCUCGUAAAUUUGAAUGAGCCCAGGGGUUUGGGCUUGAAUCAGCAACCCUAGCCAUACGAGCACGACGUUUUAGCAAUCACCGGGGUUUUUCGUGUUUUCUUUUUUCCGCAGCUGCGCUUACGUGAGGAAGGUCCGAAGGCAGGAGAACUCCGGAUGAUUUGACGGGCUCCCAUCCGCUCGGGCGUAACUCGGAACCGUGUCGACAGCCCGGCUCGGUCCGUCGACGACCGCCGUGGUGGCUACACUGCAGGCAAGUGUGACAGAGUUGGCUCGUGAGAAGCCCCUGAGCUGCGAGAAUAUAAAAAAUAUGUUGAGGCAAUGACUUUCCGAAGCUUCGCGCGUCCAAACGAAACACGAGUCGCGUGAGAUUGAAACAAUACAAUACUGAAGUCUGCUGCGUCCUGUUGAAUCAGAUGAAGCUAGUAUUCUGUUCCUCAGGAAUCCAUAGCAUAGUCAGUAUUUCGAGUGUUCGUUGUCUUAUCUUGUGAGGGUUCUUGAUUGCGUAUCUUUUCCACCGCUGUUUCCAUUUCUGGUUGUUAUUUUCAGCAAAUGGUUUAUGAAUGCAUCUCAAACUUCCAUCAGGUAACGUAUCCGCUGCGUAAGUUAUUGGCUGAAUGUUCGUAGGAACAAGGGAGAGGUUUGAAUGAAGUGAGGUAUUUCCUCCGAGUCUCCUGUCCUCUUUGUUAGCGACUUUAAGAAGACCAAGCGUAUGUGUGUUUCACAUUCGUGGACAUGCUCGUAGCAUUUUUAGCUCGUGCUCUGCUGUCGUUUCUCCUGGCUCUGCGUGGCCUACACAAGUCGGACGAACUUAAGACGGCCGUCUAGACGCAACUCGGUGCUGGGCGCUGCCAUGAUCCACCAAUUUCCAGGUGAAUUUUUUUAACUUCCGUCGUCGCGGAACACUCUUAGUUUGUUACGUACACUUACGCUGUCGGGAAACGCCUGCGCCUGUCGUGUCGUGUUUUUUUUUGCGCUUGCGACACUUUCCACGUUUGAAGCAAGCGUUGAGGUAGUUUGUGUGCGUCUUUGGAUUGGAAGCACACCUAAAAGUUUGUUCAACUCGUUUAAUAUUGUGUAUUCCCAGGGACAAGAUUCUAUGGUGAAUUGCAAUUGAAAUUUUUAAAUCAUGCAGAAAUGUUAGUAAGUAAAACCACGUAACACCUAGAUGGAGUAUGAUGCACCAUUUACAUCACAUUUUCGUCAAAAUGCCAGCCAAGCUUAAUUUCUAGCUAUAAAAUCUUGUCUCUGUUCAUUGCUCGUGAGUGUUCAUGCUUGUGAAUGGCAGGACCUUGCGACAGCUUUUGUAACGAGUUUAGCGUGUUUGUUGGCUCUAGCAACCCUUCCAACCUUUUUUUCUUUUUUUUAUAAAAUUAAAAAAAAAAUACUUCUGUGAAAGUUAUUUAAAAAAAGGAGCAAUCGUAAGGUUUGAUUAAAGGGCAGUAAUUCACCCCAGAAAACCAGUGUUGAUAUUCAUGCCACAUACUCCGAAUAUUUCUGUUCGAACCUUGAUUGCACGAAUGUUCGACUUCAACACGCUUCACGUGGUUGGUCAAGGAAAAAAGAAAAAAAAAAUUAUCCAGUAAAAAAUUUGUUACUAAAAUCGAUCUUAAAUAUUUGAGUACGUACCGGGCACACAUGCGGCCUUCUACUCGCGAUGUUGUUUGUACUUCCCCCACUUUGGUUUGGUCGUUAACCUGUCCUGAGCGGUACUGGAAACUUGGUUGUUUCGUGGUUUCGGCCGGCGAAGUUUUUCCCGAGGAACCGGCGUUGUUUUUCGUGUUCGGGACGACAUCGGCGCGCUCGUGGCCUCCCGAGCGAAGUCGGGAACUAGAUCGCUCUGUUGUUCGAGUGCCCGAUCGCCAAGUUGUGCGCCUGGUAGCUUCCUGGUCGCAGAGUCGUGUGAUAAUGUAAAUAACUGUUUAUUAUUAUUAUUAUUAUUGUAUGCACUAUGUCGCACUGAAGAUAUCCACUUGUAACUCGAACCAAAGGACGCACUCCUCGCUAGGGGUUCUGAAGUCUUACUACCAGAGAUGUGCGAGUACCCGAUAUUUUCGGGUACGGUUCGAAUCCACAGUUAUCCGAACCCGGAAUCAUUGUACGUACAUGGAUUCGAACAGUGUUACGAAUACUCACAAAAGUUAUAAAUUAAUUUAGUACGGCUCAAAAAUACCAGCAGUGAAAUAUGAAAUUAGGCCACUAUUACGUAAGUAUUUAUAAUAUGAUGUAUCAAAGAAAGAUAUGUAAAUUAAAUAAUUAACACAGUGACAUUAAAAGAAUUUCGAGAUUUCGAGAGACUAAACUAUAAUUAUGAAUUUCGUCGUAUAUCAAACUAUAAACUAAAAACAAUUACAUACCUACAAGCAAGAAACGUCUUGGCUAUUUAUUGGAGGAAAAAUGGUUUUGUUUGCUGAAACGUUUAUAAAACUGAGAUUUCCCUGUGGCGUGCAGUUUAUUACGAUUGAGUUGGAGAAUCGAAUAUGUUUUGGUUUUCAUAUUUUAAAGUGUUUAUUAUUAAUUAUGUUUACAUAAUUAUAAACAUUUCAAUAUCAGUGUAAUAAAUAAUUGCCAGUAAGAGAGCACACAUUAUUUUUAAAUUAAUCUGUUAUUUUUAGUUAUUCUGUGCUUAAUAUUCGGAAUCGGAUUCAUAUCUCAAAUAUUGCCAGGGAUUCGAAUUGAACUGAAAAUCAAGGAUUCGCACAUCCCUACUUAUUACCCAUGCUUCAGUUGUUGGUUGAAAUGUUCAUUAGGUGUACAUAUUUUAUUUGUAAUUUCUGUUUUAAGACUUCGAGAGUUCAAAUCCUGACUGGUACUGACAUGCAGUUGAAUUUGAAUCGUUUUUUCUUUGUAAUUGAGGAGCUACUUUUUUUUUUUUUUUUUUUGUUGAUUCCUACAAAAAAAAAUUUGUGGCUGUAAAUGUAAUAUUUAUUUGUCGUAACUUUGUUUUCGCAAUAACAUUGCUACAACUGCUACGAAGCUCGUUUCCUGCUGGUUUGGUUUCACUUCUAUGAAGGUAUAAACAGUACUGUAGUUUUUUUUAAUUAUUAUUUCAUAGAUACAUGUUUAAUACAAAUUUUGCUGUAGGCCUUACUGAAAUAUUUCAUCUUUAAUGUUAGCCUAAACCAGAAUUAUAACUUUUGAAACCAAACCAUGCACAAUGUGCAUAGAUAUUUCUUAUUGUUUACUUUUGUAAUUAAUUCUUUUGUUUUUGCUGAGUGUAUUAUGUUGCUAGUAAUAUUUUCAGAGCACUGCCUACAUUGUUCCCAAAUGUAGUCAAUUUUUUAAUUUUAUUUUGAGUGAUUAAUAACCUGUCUCUUUGUAUUAUAUUUCCCCAAAUCCAAGACUACCUUAAACUCGAUGCAACUUGUGUUACCGGCAAAUUUUUUUUUUUUUUUUGUAGUGUCUGUGUAGAAGUGUCUUUAUUUCCUUCUGUUACAUCACCAGAUUGUCUGUAAAAAACUGUUACAUCCAAACUUAAGCAACCUGAGGACAUAAUGUAGGUGGUUGGAUACAAUAUCCGUUCAUUCCGGUUGUCUUUGCGCGUUUGCGUUGGAGCACAAAGCUCAACAAGCGCAAAGUUCUUGUAGUCCCCACGCAAGAGUCACGUCGGCACAGCCAGAGCGAGGCAGUAAAACAUGCCCGCAACUUCUGUGUGUGAUCAUUGUAGUAGUAUUAAUUGAACCAUAGAUAACGUCGUAGAGCAUUGAUGUUAAUUGCCAGCUUGCAACUGCUAAUGCUACUGCAGUUAGGAAAAAAGUUUGUUCACGGUAGCCUUAAAAAAAAUAUAUGCAACUAUGCACUGAUGUGACAUGUCUUUAAUGACUUUUCUGUUUUGUGAAUUAGUCACGUACCUUGUUUAAACUAUUUGGCAAGUACUGUAAUUUGUAACUGUAUCCUAAAAGUAGGCAUUUUAGAACAAAUUUUAGUAAUUCUUUGUGUAAUCUUUUUGUGUUAGUUUGGUUAUCUGUAUCUCUAAUAGUUUUUUUUUUUUUGUACGUGGCAUAUUGCGUCUGGACUGGUACAAAUGUGGCGGAUUCCUUUCUCAGUAUGAUGUGGUUUCCUCUUGUAUCACUGUUAUAAUCCACGACGACUUUGGAGGAACGUUGUCCCACGAGAAGUCUCGUCACCUUGACAACCGACAUGUGGGGAGAUUCGUGUUUCGGUACAAGUUACGAAGUAAAACAAAGGUUUACAGUAAAACCCAUUUUUUGAUCAUUUCCUGCAUAAGUAAGUUUAAGAAAUAUAGCAUUUGAACUAUAAAUACAUACAAUUUUACCCUUCAAAUAAAUCGGAUUUUCUUAAUACUUUGAGAAACUUCUUAAAAAUAUUUUGCUGUGUAUAUUUUUUUUUCUCCUCUUUUCAAAAAUCAAAAUUGCACUUUAAUAUGCUCAUCACUCAGUAUCACUAAAUUACUUAGCAGAAGAAAAAUAUCGGGAAAAAAAUGAGUUUUUUUUUUAAUAUAAUUUAUUCAAAAACUUUAAUUUACUAUCAUUUGUGUAGUUUUUGAACAUUUUUUUUUCCCCCGGACAGAGUGCGGGUCACGUGUUGAAAGAUUAGGCCCCACAAUCUUGGAUUUUUUUAAUUUUUUGUUCCGAUUUAAGUGUGUAUGUGAUAAGCCUUAUCUUCCCCAGCUGUUGCGCGUUGUUGGAGUCUGAAACACGGGGAGGGAACUGUAACGACGGCCAAGCGUGAAAGGGGGGGGGGGGGGUCAGGGGCACGGAAGUGUUGCUGGGAAGGGACGACUGACGCAAGGGGUCACAGAAAUUAUUAUCAGAAUUUGUAAGUAGGAACGUACAGACAUGUUUCUGUCAUCUUUAGACAUACAUACCUUUUCCCCCCUCCCCCUUUCAGCCAGUUCACGGUGUUAAAAUGCAAUCCGACGUGCAUAUGCAUUGUGCACCGUCAAGUUCGAAAUCACCGAGCGACCACUAGGCGUACGCGCAUGCAAUAAGUGGGAAAACUUUAAAAUACAUUGGAGUCCUGCUAAUUCUGAACUGAUUGGGGCCAAUACCUGUUCGGAUUACCGUAUUUUUUCAGAUUGGCUGAAUAAUUGCUGUAUUGCAACAGCAUAUAGUAAAUAGAGAGGGGCCGCUUACAAAAGCAUGACUGUGAAAUGGGUUUGAUGAAAGUAAACUUCAAAAAUAUGUUUUAUGUAGGCCAAAAUAUGGGAAGUACACAACAUGCAAGCACACCUUUCGGAGCUGACUUGUGUCUGUUAAAACCCCGUGUGAAAAAUCCUCCGCCCCCCCCCCCCCCCCCCCUUUCCUUUGAAUCAUGCAGAUUUGAGCCCCUGCGAAACACCAUUUGUAAAAUCAUCCGGACUAGCCUUAUGUUUUAUUUAAUGUACCGUAAUAUUGCUCCAGUUUUUAGAUGAAAAACUCAAAAUACUUGCAGAGAAAAAAAUAUGUUAAUACUAAUUGUACUUAAUAAAAUGUUAAAUUUGAGUCUGUGAAUAAUUGUCAUAGUUAUGUGCAAACAUGGAGUGAAUUUCAUGUCAGCUACCACAGAAAUGUUCUACCAUUUGGUGACAAAAAAAAAAUAUCACUGUUUGCUUAACCAUCCAGAAUUCAUUCUGAAACCACGUACACCCAUUUUUAUUUAAGUUAGUGGGGAAUAUUCUUAACUGUGCUGAAGUUUAUAAAUUAGAAGAUGGCAAACGAAACAGCGAUAGUGGCUGACAGCGUUAGUUGAAGCUCACUUUCGCCUCGGUCGUCGGUAGCUGUAGUACCUGCGACGUGUUGCAACGUAAGGGAAUAAGCAUUGAAAUAGCAAGACUCAAUCCGCCUUAAUUUCGCGUUGGAAAACUGUCCUUGUGUCGCGAGAGUGCUCAUUGGGCGGGAAGCGUGUGUCGUCGGGGAUUACCUUUGUCGUGAAGCGCAAGACUUGCUUCGUGCUUGCGUCAGGCCGUGGAAACACGUAGUUCUUAGCCUUCGUGCUUCCGGCUAGCAUCGUCAGCACAGCUUUCGCGGGCUUCACAGUUUCAUCGAUCUCGCUUCCUUCUACACGUGUGCUAAUUAAAAAAAAAAGUAAUAAUAAUAACAGUGCUUGUAUGGAUAAGUGCAUUUAAUUUCUUAUUUUCAUUCUUUGUACAAUGGUAAUUAGAAUCAUGUAGGAUUUAGCAUUGCUUUUUAUUAAUUUUUAGUGACAGUUUUUCUCAGAAAUGUGCGUAGCAAAGUGCCAUAUGUAGUCGUUAAAUCUUGUAAAAAAAUUAUUUUUUUUGUGAUGAAGUAGUUCCUGUUUUCUGUGUAAUAUAUAUUUUGUAUAGGUUUUAGAGUUUAGACUUUUUUUAACAUGUUAAUUUUUUUGCUGUCAUUUAAAAGGUAGCUUUCAACAUUUUACAGUACAACAUUUACCUCAUAUUCUGGGUUACUAUGUUAGUAAAUUAUACUCAUGUCAUAAAAAUGACAUGAAUUAAAAUGUCUGUUGUGCAGUUUUAUUCUUGUAAUGUACCUAGUUUUUUUAUGUAUCAUCAAUUUUUUUUUUUCAAGAAGACUUACCUUUUAACAAUUUUUUUUUGUCAUAGGAUCUUUAAUUACCUUAAUUGUAAAGGAAAUGUUAAACUACAGAACAUCAUUGUAUCGUGCUCAAAAUACUAGCUUGGAGGGAAUUUUUUUCCCCCCGUGUUCUAAAUUAUUUUCUGUUAUCCUGGAAUGUAAAGAUAGAAUUAACAGCUGUGUAUUUAUUUGCAGCUAUGGAUCUUGUGUAAUAUCUUUAUUUGUACAUAAUUUUAUUGAAAUAUGUAUAUUAAAAGAAAUCAAAGAAUUUUUUUAUUAAAAUAAAGCACUUUUUUUCUCCCCCCAUUCGUUCACUACCCUGUUUGAAGUUUCAAUCGAGAAGAGCUGUUAGGCAGAUUUAUAUUUCAGGUGUUCUCUACUCUGGCAAUUUCGUCCAGUAGUACUUUAAAAUAAAUCAUUUAAGUUAUGUUACAUUGUAUUGCAUCAUGAUCCCAUGAUCUCUAACUAUCUAAAACGCUUUGAAGGCAUUCAGACAACUAUCUUCUUUGCGCCGAGGGCUGACUUAACCAUUUUAGUCACAAUUUGUCAAUUCCUAAGAUAUACCUAGUAUUAUUUUUUUUUGUUGUAACUUAACUAUUUGUCGUUUUUAUUUUCUGUGUGAUAAUCUUAUGCCAUAAUUAUAAUGUUAAUGCAUACUAAUUUUUUAACAGUUAAAAGUAAAUUUAAAAUUUAUUUAUUUCAUAGCCUCGUAGCCAUAAAGAAUGAUGUCCUCUAGAGUGUAGGUACACCUUGAGCCACACAUUCAAGGUUUGAUGAACUUGAGAUAUAUAUAUUGUCCACUUCAGUGUAUGAACGUACAGAAAGGGCUAUAAAAGUACACGAAAAAGAUGUAAUCUAAACUCAAUGCCAACAUGAUCAAACAGAUCCGUGCCAUGAUGGUUAUUUUUUGGCCCCACGCGCAGUCCUUUGAAAUACAUGUGUAACAUCUGUGAGGACUCUAUUUUGGAUAGUUACUGAGGGUUCCGUGACGAAUAACUGUUCAAAGUCUCGCCGGCGUCACGUCACUGGAGUCGAACAACGGGCAGGUGACGCGGUGACGGAACUAUGGCCGCUAGCUAACCUGUGAUGAGAGACUGCGUGGUUUUUACAAGUUAGAAAUAAACUUCCCUGACCACCGAUUAUUGUUUACAUGGAUGUCCACACAAAUCUGUAGAAAAAUUUGCCUGACUUUUCUAUGACCAGAAUUACAAAUUUAUCCGACUUUUUUAUUUGCGAUUUUUGCGAUUUUUUAAAAGAAAUAAGGAUAAUCCAGCCUCUGCCAUUCCUAUAACGGCCCAGUUCAAACAGAACUUUGCAUCGCCAUUUUACAGUAUGUGUGACUGCACCACAAAAUCAUUUGGACGAAAAAAGUUUGUUCAGAGUGUGGGGCACGGUAUUUAGCCAGAGGAAUUUUCAUUUCUCCUCCAGGUUCUGAAGUAGAUUCCCUGAUCAGUUUCAACAUCCUUGACUUUUCCCCUUACUUUCCAGAAUGUGGUCAUCCUGAUUUGAAUGCCAAUAACUAUCAAAAAAUCAAAAAUUUAAAAAUCUUGACUCGUAUGUAUACCACACUUCACCACUGCAACAGGCGACUAUCAAUUAAACGCUCUACUACUGAUACGCUUGCGAGCAAAAAGAAGUGGGACACUUCGAUGCAUGUUGGGUAGGGCCGUAAGGAUGUGCACUUGAAACCGGUACAGAUCAAAAUAAGUCUCCGCCGUAACUUCAGGUUCCCGUUAAUCCUGUAAUUAACAAUUUGUAAUUAAAAAAUAGUUAUUAAAAAAAGGUUUUUCCUGACUACCGGAGAAAUUCCCUAACUUGGUUAAGCGUCUUGUGAUACUCGUAUAUUGGGGAUUCUCUUAGAGUCAACCACAGGUCAUGACUAACCACUGAAUGACUAAGAGGGAGUGGGUGGCUAUGAUGCUGGGAUGGAUUGCCUCAGCCUCCUCAAAACAUUUCCGAGUCGCGAUGAAAUGGCGUGUCCAUUUCCCUCGUGUCGGUGGUGACCCAAUCCCACAUCAGCGAGUAGUUUCCGUGAAUGAGAGGGAAGCAGCGUCACUCUGAGGAAACCCGCUCGCUCCCAGCGUCAGAGUUUCGCACUCGUAAGUUCGAGCUGGAACUACACCCCGCCAGGAGUGGAGCGUAGCCAGCCCCAGCCAGGGAUGACACCCCGUUGUGACACCUGCUCUCCGCGGGACGCCCCGUCGUGGUGUGUCGUCGGCGACUGUGACCCCAGGACUGCGGGGACGUGCGUCACGGAAUCCACGGAAGCGGAAGUGCGAGUCCUGGUCAGGUACGAAACAGAUGCACAGUAAAACAUUGGAACAGAUAUAAAAGCAAGUAGGGCAUGAAACAGAGGAAUUUUUUUAGUCGAGCAGUCUGAUUGCGUGCCAACUAUUGAUUUUAAAAAAAAAUUAUAAUGUGCACGUGGAGUCCAGACCUGGCAGAAGUGAAACUUGUUGCUUAUUAGGUAUAGAUAGAGAUAAAUUAUUAGUAUUUUUUUUUAUUGAACAAGGGAUAAUAAUUGAGAAAAGUAAGGAUGUUGGUUUGAUCACAAAUGAAAAAAAAAUGCCACUUUUUGCACUCUGUACUGUCGCAUCAGUAAACUGGCACUUUUUGGCUGUUUAUUCCUGCGUUCGUUGCCUUUGAUAAUACAUCUUACCUGCUUCUGACUCAUUAUUUUUAGGGAGGAUGUUAAAUCAUGAUCACCUGAAUAAAUUGAAAGAACAAAAAAAACACUCCCAUCGAACAUAUGACAAAAGUUAAUCUACAUGCCCCUCGUCCAAAAAAAAAUAUUUGCACACACCAGUUUUUAGUGUAAUUGGAGCAUGACAUGUCCCCCCCCUCCCGUCCCAGAUUACUGUCAUCGGAGGAUUUCCGUGAAUUUUCCAGGAUUUCAAUUGAAUCCCCUUACUGUUUCCAACUUGCAUGGGGAAAACAUUAAGAGAAUAGUGACAACAGAGUUGCCUUACUUUGGAGGUAUGUCAUGUUCUAAGUAAUAAGCGAUGUGAAACGCUUGUAAGGUUGGCUACGUAGAGAAACUUGCUUGUACUCCACUUUAACAGAAGGCUGCAUCCAAAAUAAAAUCUAUAAAAAUUAGUGAUUUCAUAUUUUAUUCUUUUUUUUUAAUAACCUGUAAAAUGGCAUGUUUAUAGGUUAUGGUUUUCAUAAUGAACAUGCAGUGUAAAAUAAUUGUGCCAACUGUGGGAAGUUUUUAUUUUUAUUUUUGGAAAACUGUAAUAUGAAGCAUGUCUUGAUUAUGUUCUCUGUGCACAUUUACAUGAUCAUUAUCUAAUGGAAUGUUGGUGAUGUUAGUUCAGUCACAGUAAGAUGGUAAUAAUCAUCAUGGUUUCUGUGUUUUGAAAAUAAGGAAGUUAUUAUAUAGUGUGGUUGAGCUUCAGCUAGAUUUCAAACCUUUCAGUCAUCUCACUGCAUGUCGUUUAGAUUGUGAAAGUUGUCGCAAAGGUGAACUCUACAAGGUUAGGUUUUCACGUGUGUUCCUGAUUCUUGCAAAAUAAGAGGUAAGUUGGGUUGGAUCAGCUAAAUUAAACACGUUCUAUACAUAAUACAUAAUUAACUUGUCUGGUAUAACCUAGUUAACUAUUUACAUGAUUUCUGCAGCUAACCUAACAACCCUUUGAAAUAGUAAAUUACUUGAUAUAUCGUGAAGGCUCUUUGCAAAAUGAUUAGGGAAAAUGCCAGGAACUAUGAAAGAAAUAAUUUUCCAUUUUUCAUUCAUUUAUUUUCCUUGACAAUUACCGGAAGUAAAUUAUUACAGAGAUCAAUAAUUAAUAUAUAACAUUGUGCACCACAUUUGUAUUUAUUGGUUAACAUGGGGAGCUCACAUAAUAUCUGAAGUAGAAAUUCGUGUUACAACAGAGUUGAGCAAUGAUGAGGCAUUUUUCUCAGAGUCCUUGAUACCGUACGUUUUCUUAAUCAAACCUUCGUCCGAAAAGUCAGUUAUCUCAUCCAAUGGAC